GGCAGCUUUACGGAGCAACACCACAAAAAAAAAAAAAGAACCGGACUCACGGUAGUUUAGAGAUUAGUGCCAAAAACGAUUUUCAGUGAUAUUUAGUGACAUUUAGUGCUCAUAUAUGAUUUCCACCAUGGAAGACACCAGUAAAACUGACAUUAAAACGAAAAUUUCGUUCAGUGUUGAAUCGCUUCUUUCGACAACAAUUAAACCGUCAUCGCCCAUUAACGAUAGACUGUUAGAUGAUUCUUCAAACUAUUCAGAAAACGAAGAAAACAGAUUGGAUACGUCUAGUGAAAAAAUCGAUGACGACGAAGAUGAUGAAAAUAUUACUGUCGAUGAUGAAGAUACGGACGGUGAUGGUAGAGAAAGUUUAAGUCCGAAUUCGCAACACACAGUGCUUAUUCCACAGCCAGUACACCCUUCAAUGCCAAGGAUACUUCCUCCUGGACACAGUCAAUGGCCAUUUACGUGGGUGGGACCUAACGGACCUUUCAGAUCGAAUUCGCCACAAGCCAAUAUGCCAAACUUAAACAACGGACCUCCGAUUGUAAGGUGCGCGUUGAGAAAACACAAGCCAAACAGAAAACCCAGAACGCCUUUCACGACGCAACAACUUUUGGCCCUAGAAAAGAAAUUCAGAGACAAACAGUACCUUAGUAUAGCGGAAAGGGCAGAAUUUUCGAGUUCGUUAAGGCUUACAGAGACUCAGGUAAAAAUCUGGUUUCAAAACCGCAGAGCAAAAGCGAAAAGACUGCAAGAAGCCGAACUGGAAAAGCUCAGAUUGUCGGCCAGACCUCUACUUCCUCCAACUUUUGGACUGUUCCCGGGAGGUUCUCACUUGAUAUCGCCAUUUUUGACAGCGAUGGCCCACAGGCCGCCUCAUUUUGCUUUUGGACCGGGAGCAAUGUUAAAUAUUCCUCAGUGAGAGUUAAAAUUGUUGAUUGUGUAAAUAUAUUAUCAGUGAUGCAUAUUGUGUAGAUAAAUGUAAAUAAAAAUUAUACUCUCUAUAACAAAAUUGAGAAUAUGUCUCCAAUUAUUAUUAAUUUUAAUACAAUGAUUAUUUUUCAAAACAUAUCCUCAACUUUGAUAUUGUAGUUUAUGUAUAUUAUUGUAUAAAAAUAUAUAUUAUUUUAUUAUUAUUUCUCUGAGACGUUUAUAUAUGAGGAGUGCAAUAAAAAUUAAAAAGCAAUGGUAUAUUUUAGUUUAAAUGAUUCUUUACUACAUGAUAAUAUACUGUUUUGAAAGACUGAUUAGCACUUGACUUAUUUUUAUUAUUUAUUUUUGAACAUAAUACAGGUUUAAGUUUGUUUUCAUUUAUAUUUUUUUUUGUAUUGUGUUGAUUAUUGGAUGAAACUUUGGGAUCCCAUGUUAGUUGCUUGACUCUCUUCAACUGAUUAUUGGUCAACAUAAAAUGAGUUAUAUUGAUCCUUGACAAAAAAUUAACAUGGGAUUUCAAACGUCUCAUUCAAUUAUGCAACA